CAGCCUUCGUGAUGAAAACCAAUGUCUUAGUCACAAUCUUGAAAUCGUGAGAAGGCUUGACAGGAAUAUGAUUGCUAAUCAAAAUGUACAAAUAAGAAAUUUAGAGGAUCGAGUAGAAAUAUAUAGUGCGGUACUAAGUGAAAGAGGAAUGUGUACAAUACCGAUGUUAAGAAAACAUGAUGCUUUCAUCAUUCUCGAAGGUGAUGAACAAAUGGAUACAGAUGAACAUGGAGGAUUCUAA